AUGUUAACAUUAUUGCAUGAAGCUCACUGUGGGAUUGAAAAAUCAAAAGCUAGGGCUCGACAAGUACUAUUUUGGCCAGGAAUCAACAGUGACAUUGAGAAUAUGAUUUCUAAAUGCCUAAUUUGUGAUAGGUUCAGGCCUCAAACAGUAAAAGAACCUCUUGUUUCUCAUGAAAUUCCCAGUUUACCUUAUGAAAAGGUUGGUGCUGAUAUCUGUGAGUAUGCAGGGAAAAGUUAUCUAGUAAUAGGCUGUUACUUAACUAAAUGGGUAGACAUAAUUCCUCUAAAAAAUAAAAGUGCAGUGGAAGUUACUAGUAAAUUGAAAUCGAUAUUUGCAACACAUGGAAUACCCAAAACUUUAAUUUGUGAUAACGUACCAUUUAAUAGUUGGAAAAUGAAGAGUUUCGCAAGGGAUUGGGGAUUUGAAAUAAUCACUAGCAGUCCUCGAUAUCCUAAAUCUAAUGGAUUUGCAGAAAGGUUGGUAGGUAUAGCUAAGAGUUUAUUUAGAAAAGCAGGAUUAGAGAAAUUAAAUGAGGCUUUACUGGAAUAUAGAAAUACUCCAAUUUCAGGUAUAAAUUUAUCACCAAGUCAAAUGCUAUUAAGUAGGAAUUUAAGAACACGAUUACCAAUUACACAAACAGAAUUGAAACCAACUGUAAAAGAUCAAUAUAGAGAAAAGGUGAGGAGUAAGCAGAAACAGGCUAAAAUCUAUUAUGAUAAGCAUGCAAGGGAAAGACCUGAAUUUAUUCCUGGGGAAAAGGUAAUGUUGAGAUGGGAAAAUAAAUGGGAGCCUGCUAUAGUUUUAAAAAAGCAUUCAACUCCUAGAUCAUAUUGGAUUAGAACAAAAGAUAAUAGGGUAAUUAGACGGAAUAAAUUCCAUUUAAGAAAAACUAAAAAUCAGAAUUUAGUGACAUUAGACUAUUAUGAUCUAUGUAAUGAGAAUGAGGAAAAUAUAAGUAGUGAACAUCCAAAAAUACAUAAUGAUCCUCACCAUCAAAAUAAUAGCAAUAAUAUUAAUCGUGAUUGUGUAUAUAAAACAAGAAGUGGUCGUAAUGUAUAUCGACCAUCCAAAUAUGAUAAUUAUGUAAUGCAUUGA